CGAAACACUGAUAAAGUGAAUAGUGAUUAAAAUAAUAAUAAACUGGAAAUUAUUCAAUUCAAAUUUCAAAAUCAAAAAGGAAAUUCCAAAUUCGAAUCGAUCGAUCCUUUCGAUCGUGUAAUGGUAAGGAAUAAUUGAAUGGACAGGUGCGAGUAGUGUCAUACCUUGGAAUAGUUCUUUUUACUUUUACGUUUUUCGUUGCUCGUAUUGAAACGUGAAAAUGUCAGGAGGACUGGAAAUUUUGAAUUUAACCGAAGGUGAUAUCACGAAAAUGUUGAGCGCUAGCACGCACCUUGGCGCUGAAAACACAAAUUUCCAAAUGGAACAGUACAUCUACAAACGACGUGCGGAUGGUAUCAAUAUAUUGAAUCUGCGAAAAACUUGGGAAAAAUUGCUGUUAGCUGCGCGCGCGAUUGCUGCGGUAGAACAUGCUGCCGAAGUGUUCGUCAUCUCGUCUCGACCUUUUGGCCAAAGAGCUGUAUUGAAGUUCGCCGCUCAUACUGGAGCAACUCCGAUUGCUGGUCGUUUUACACCCGGCGCGUUUACUAAUCAGAUACAAGCUGCGUUUCGUGAGCCGCGUCUACUCGUUGUUACCGAUCCUGCCGAAGACAAGCAACCAAUAACAGAAGCUUCCUACGUGAAUAUACCAGUUAUCGCUUUUUGCAACACAGAUUCGCCGUUAAGAUACGUAGAUAUCGCCAUCCCGUGUAAUACUAAGAAUGCUCAUUCUAUCGGAUUAAUGUGGUGGUUGCUGGCUCGUGAAGUAUUACGUUUACGCGGUUCCAUUUCGAGGGAAGGCAAAUGGGAUGUCGUAGUAGAUCUAUUUUUCUAUAGAGAUCCGGAAGAGGCUGAAAAAGACGAACAAGCUGCUAAAGAAGCUGCUGCUGCGGUUCAAACUCCCAAACAAGAACCUCUCGAAUACGGAGUUGCGCCGACAAACGAGCAAUGGACCGAAGACGCUUCAAACCAAGCUGGUAUUCAAUCAUCAUGGGCCGAGGAAUCACUUCAAGGUCAACCUCCCGCAUUUCCACCUGCUGCUGCUGCUUCGGCUGCGAUAGACGAUUGGAGUGCUGCUCCAGCUAAGAGCGAAACGUGGAAUGCUGGAAGCGGCGGAAAUUGGGGAACCAGCGCUACUGGAAAUUGGUAAUACUAUUUUGCGUGUACGAUUUAUUUUCGAAUAAAUGAUUUUCGUAUAA